AUGCAACUUCUUCUAUUCAAAUCAUGUUUCAAUUGCUCUUGCGUCAGAUACAGAAGAAAGAAUCCAAUGUACAUGUCGGCUGUUGAUGCUAGGAGAGGAAGGUUCCGUAGUCAUUAUGACGACCUCUCCUUUUAUUCUGAAAUUGAACCACUGGAAGAGUACGACGUGGACGCAGCUACUGGCGACUUGCUGCAGCAACAGCAGCAAUCUGGCCACAUCUACGAUGACCUCGAUGAUGCCAUGAGUGACGUAACCAUGACGACCAACAAUGAGAAGGAUGUGACCAUCAGGUGGGCCGAUGAAACUCUCUGCAGAGCUGACGGGGAUAACAACAAGUCAGCUCGUGAGUUUUACGAAUCUGGUAGGAAGAAAUGUAGGAGACGCAGCAAGUCGCCGGGCAUGCGCCCGCCACGCGAGCUUGCCGACCACUUUAAGUACGUGGAUCCACACGAUGAAGGAAUGACUGAUGACCAGUUGAAGGAUAUCCCAUACACGAGAGUUGAGUUAGUAGAAGUCGUCUUAACUGAUACAGAUGGAGCAAGAGUUCGAUAUUCCCCGAGGACUAAAAAUAGAAUCAGGCUGAGCAGAAGGGCUGCUUCUUCAUGCAGGGAAAGAAAUGAAAACCUGCCACCCAAUCGAAGCAUAGUAUGCAAUGAUGGCAGCCAAUCAAAUUUCUUGCCUGAUGGUGAAGCUCCACCUCCCUAUCUAGCUCAUCAAAUACCGUACAAGACCAGGAGAUCGAUAUCAUCACAGGCAUUGGAUAACAGGCUAGUUGCAUCAGGUGACACUAACAACAACAACAGUGUCUUGCAACAACGUCAACAAUACAACCACCAACAACAUCAGCAAAGUGUCAGGAGGCAGAACAGCGAUUCAGGAAGACCGAGAUACAAGAACGACGGUGGUGACGAUGAUGCCAACAACAUCAACAAUAAUGUUGAUUAUGUGAUCGUUCGUAGAACACCAUCAAAUGUCUCCAUGGGAUUUGAAGUUUAA